UCAAGGCCUCUGUACGGACUUUUCCUGUGUGGGAGUCUGCUGCUUUAAGUGUACGACGCACAGCGCUGCUGUGUAUAUGUGCCCAGACACAUUCUCUACACCACCGAAGGACAGCUGAAACAGAGUGUCAAUGGGACUGUACAAAAAGAUCCAGGAGUAACUGAACGAACACAAGGGGGCUGUGUCGAACGAGAGAAGGAAAGUCACACUGCAGCCGUGAUGGAGGUGUCUCUCUCUUCCUCCCUGAGGACAGAACUCAGGCCAGAAGACAUUGUCCAGCCACACUACAAGGAAUCCUACCGCCUGGCCAUUGAUGCCUUGGUCAAUGGGGGUCGGGAGGAAUACCAGGAGCUCCUCAAGGGGGAGAGGAUUGGUGAGUUCUUAUCUGAGGAUGAGCUCCUAUUCAUCACCGAGAAUGCUGAGAGACCAGCCAACACGAGCCAAUCUGAGGAUGAAGGAGACACCUCCAACGAGGCCCCGUCCAGCGGGACCUACUGGCCCGUGCACUCGGACGUGGAGACGCCAGACCUGGAGCUGGGUUGGCCAGAGGUCAUUCACGAGAAGAUUCAAACCAACAUCAACCUGCUCUUCCACCCACCCCGCCAAAACUGCCCAACCAUCAAGGAGGUUAUACGCAAACACAUCCAGGAGGCAAGAAAGGUCAUUGGAAUUGCAAUGGAUGUUUUCACAGACGUGGAUAUUUUCAAAGAGAUCGUGGACGCAUCUGUCAGGGGAGUGUCGGUCUACGUGCUCCUGGACGAUUUUCAGUUCAAAAGCUUUCUUUCGAUGGCCGAGAAGCAGAACGUUCAAAUCCAACAUCUGAGGAACAUGAGAGUGCGCACAGUGAAGGGACAGGAGUAUCUCUGCCGAACCGGGGCAAAAUUUCACGGGACCAUGCAGCAGAAAUUUAUGCUGAUCGACUGUCAUACUGUGGUGUAUGGCUCAUACAGCUUCAUGUGGUCCUAUGAGAAGAUCAACCUCAGUAUGGUGCAGGUGAUCACAGGCAAGCUGGUGGAAUCAUAUGAUGAAGAGUUCAGGAUGCUCUUUGCUCGCUCCACGGUGCCACCUGCUCUUUCUCCACCACAGCCUAUCCUGCGAGAAGCCAGACAUCUAUCUGGUCAGCCUUUUGAGAGGAGAGAUCAGUUGAGGCAUACUCUGGAUGCGGUUUACAUGCGAACCUGUGGAAGCCAGGCAAGACUGAAGAACCCUCUGGGGGACUUUGAACAGGAAAUAUACGAUACAGGGCCAUUCAGCCAGCGCCUUACCAAUGGCCAUGUGGUUCAGAACCGAAUCCAUCAGUUUCAGCCUGCUGAGACUAACAACUUCCUGAAAAGACACAGCUAUGCUGGUGAGAGAAACGAGAACUCAUACAUUCCAAACCCCAUGACUUACGGUGCAAGCAACUGGAACGUGGCCAGGGAAUGCAAUCAGUUUGGGGCUCCGGGGAGAGGUGGUUUACUCUCCAGGGGUAUGGAGCAUCCACUGCAGUCAAUGAGGUUGAACCAGAAUUACAACAGAGGCACCAAUGCACGCCAGUCCUUCCAUGGCAAUGACAAGCAGAUGGUAUCCAUGCAGCAGAACUUGCCCUCAUUAGAGCGCACCACCAAAUCCUUUCUGCGUACUUGGCGGAUAGAGUCGUACCUCAACAACAACGAUCCUCCUAUUGCAGACUCCAGUGAAUACUUGGAUCAUUGUGAAGGGCUAGAUGCUCAGCAUUCCUCCUACCUGCACUCCCGGCUGAAGUCCUCCCUUGUCUUCAAGUCCACCAUCCCAGAGCAACCAGAGUCUAGCAGCUACACCAGCACCUCCCAGACUUCUACACUUCAGGGGGAUUCGCCUAGCAUACACUCUAACUCAACAGUUCAAUCCUCUACACAAAGAAUUCCCACUGUGGGGGUGGGGAACAGAAUGAUGCAUGAUGAUUUCAUGCUGAAGAGGCGGAGCUUGCAGAUUUUAGAUGACCCGAGGAAUAACUUUUACAAUGGCUAUAACCCUGCCAUUUAUGCCAGCCUUGGUAGAACAAAAGGAGGACUGUCUGUCAAAAACCCAGAGGUUUUCCAUGAUGACAGGUUCAAAAGGUAUAGCUUAGUUGACCCAAGGCCCAACACAGCUUACGUUACCAAUAAAGAGUCAUCAAGCCACAUGUACGGCAUGUUGAGAAGUGGACAGGUUGGAACAGCUAUACUAAAAGAAACUGACAGGUACUUGCCAAAUCUCAAAGAAGAUCAUCGAUCUGUCUCUCACUGUGAUGUAAAGAAGUUUGGAGAGACUAAGGAUCACUCAAGUACCAUUUGGCAGGAGCCUCCCUCCAGAACAGUGUCAGCAACAGCUCUCAGCACGAGCAGCCAAGAACAAGCUCUCAAAUCCUCAAGUGCAAGCUCACCACAUUUCUUUCAAAAGAGUUCCAAGAAAAUCAUUUCCCUGUUCAAUAUACCGGAAAAGAAUCAAAAAAUGGGCGGUAGCUCGAACGCUCAGUUCUCAGAAGAAGAGGUGAAGAGAUCUGGUAAAAAUAAAAGUAUAUAUGGUAGCACAGCAAGUUCAAUCAAGUCAGUAGAAAGCAACAGUCAACAUAAGGGGAAUGGUGGGUUUUUUCUCAAUGAGAACCACUUCGUGAAAGACAUAGGGUUGUCCUCGACCCCGCGCUUCAGCACAGAGGAGCUCCAUCACAAUUCGGCUCCUUCUGACACUUCCAGAGAGCAACAGACCCCAAGCUCCACCAGUGUAAACAGCAGACUAACCCCUUCAUCGGACUUUCGGCAAAGAGAAGCCAAAGGAGAAAAAAGGCUCUAUAGCCGAUUUGAGCCUUUUUGCUCCUUUGAAAAGAAGUUGUCAGAUAAACAACCAACGGUCAGUGCACACCUGCCUCCCUUUGAGAGGCACAAGAGCUUGAUCAGUCAUAAUGCUAGAGGGACCUUCGUCAGUGACCAUCACGCCAGUUUACGGAAUCAUUCUCUUGGUCAACAUGACAAUAAGUUUGGUAGGUUUAUACAGCGUGUGGGAAAUUUCAUUCACAAAAAUAAGUAAUGAAAGCAUCACAUGGGAGUUGCUUUGUGUGCCAAGAAAGUGGUGAGAUGAUGUGGGGGAUUUCACAGUUGCUCUAUACCAAAGGACUAAUCUGAGACAACUGCCUGCAGUGUCAAAAAUAAUAUUCCCAAAAACAUAUUUUCAGAAGACUACACACACACACACACACACACACACACACACAC